AUGAAGGAUAUACCCAACGAUGGCCUUGUCGUAUUCCGAGGCAUCUUCCAUACAACAACGCUGAUGCCAACGUCGACGGAAGCGCUGGCAGACGUUUUUGUACACAAAAGCUACAGUUUUGGGAAGCCACCAUUUAGGAAAACAAUUAUGAAGAAGAUCAUCGGGAAGAGCCUAGUUACGCCUGACGGCGAAGAGCAUAGACAAAUGCGUAAAAGCAUUACAUCAGCCUUCCAUUUCCGGAACAUCAGAGAUCUGUAUCCCAUGUUUUGGGCAAAAUCGACUGAGUUUCAGAUGGGGCACUAUUCUACCCAAGGUACCAUGGACAUGAUAGGCCUAGGGGGCCUGGGUCGCGGCAUUGAUUCUUUACAGCAUAGCGAUGAUGAGUUGGUCAAUAUCUACCAGCAGAUUUUCGAACCGACGAAAGAAAAAGUGCUCUACUUCCUUUCCCAUAUUUUCUUGUCGCCCUGGAUGGUUGAACAGCUGCCGUGGGGGCUUAACAAUGGGUUAAAGUUCGGGAUGAUCCGCUUGCGAAAGAUAUGCAUUCAAAGCCAUCUGCGGUUAGAAAUCUAUAAAUACAUACCAGAUCCAGAGGUGCUCUUAAGCUCAGCCUUUGACGUCGCCGGCCUCUUGGAAAGCAUGCUCUACCUCAAUUGCGUGUGUAACGAAGUGCUUCGACUCUUCCCCACGAUUCCUAUAAUCAUGCGCGUCGCUAUCCGCGACACAACGGUUGAAGGGCAUCAUAUCCCGGUUGGAACCACAAUUCAUAUUGUUCCAUGCCAGGAAUUUGUGCCUGAACGUUGGAUCCACAAGGAAACUGGACGCCCGACCAUGAGGGGUGGAGCAGAGAGCAACUAUAGUUUUCUGACAUUUUCGCACGGACCCAAGAAGUUGUAUUGUUGGCGGGCCCGCUGGAAAAAAGUUGUUGCAGGUGGGACGAUUACGAGUAAGCCGGUAAAUGGGAUGAGGCUGAAGCUUCAGCCAGUGGAAUGGGGCUCUGGAUAG